UUCUUCUGGGUCCUUCUGGCGAUCUUCCUCACGGAGCUGCUGCUGAUAUUCAUCGAAAUCAUCUUUGAAAACAAGAUGAAUGCAGUUUUCCACUCCAACAUCCAAGAGGGCAUCAGACACUAUUACGAUGACCUUGACUUCAAGAACAUCUUGGAUUUUGUACAAGAAAAGUUUUCUUGCUGCGGCGGCGAUGAGUACCGAGACUGGGAGGUUAACCAGUACCACUCCUGCAACGGCAGCGGGCCGCUGGCGUGUGGGGUGCCCUACACGUGCUGUGUCAGGAAGGUCCCUGGAGAAGUCAUUAACACCCUGUGUGGAUACAGGACACUCGAUAAAGAGCGCCUGGAGCUGCUCAAUGUCAUCCACGUGCGAGGCUGCAUCCACGCCGUCGGGCUCUGGCUCAAAGACAACUUCGAGGCCACUUUGGGCAUCGUUUGCUCCCUGCUGCUUCCACAGGUGGUCGGCCUCGUGAUGGCUUGGCUGUAUUGGCAAAAGCUCAAUGAGAUCUACUCCAAGCUGGACACCGUUGACUUCAAGAUCCUGGAGGUGCGGGAUUUCAGCUUCGGGGCGGUGGAUCUGAGCGGUGCGGGCUGGUGCUGGUGCUUGCCCAAGGAAGGGGGCUACAUUCCCGUCAAUGCUGAGGAGGAGGAAGACGAGGAGGAGGAGGAGGAAGGCACCAUCUGCCACAGCAAUGUGUGAGAAGGUGGAGGACCAAAAGGCAGCUUGGAGCAAAGCUCUUAGGGAGGCGGCGGAUGUUGAAUGUGGAAA